AUGGCGCUACCGGAACCAAAGAAACCUACCACUGUCUCGCAGAAAAUUGAUUCUGAUUCUGCAAAGCCUCGAUCUGCCCGAAUUCCUCUCCGGUCCCGAAAGCCAAGACACAGCAGUCGAUCAACGGACCUUGGCGAUGCCAGAGCCACAAAGGCUUUGACCAACAGCAACUGGAGACAAGGCAGAGCAGAUGAAGUUUGUACUCCUACUAAGCCAUCACUGGUGAAGAGAUCUAUACUUUCUGAAGUCAGUGCGAAUGAUAGACAUAGUAUUCGACAUCCUUUGGAAACAGAUUCUUUCGACAAGGAGAACAGCCGCUCAACGAACACGGGAUUAUACAAGAUUCUAAAGCAACUUGAAAUCAAGGGUCUAAGUGAUCAUCAUAAUGCAACUCGAAUCAUACAAGUAUCCUCAUUAGGCAACAGAGCUACAGACUCUGACACAUCAUCCCUCGAUGACACGUCUAGUGAAGGAUGUUGGGCGAGAAUCCAACCCUUUCGGAUGCAAGGAGAUAUACGAGGAAGCACCAUAUCUUUUGGAACUGCGCCUGAACGUGGAAAUUCCAUGGAUGUUAAUGUUCCAUCCAACUGCGAUGAGCCAGAGAGCCCCUCACUACCUGCGUUUGUGCAUCCGCCACCAGGUUUGACCAGUCGAAGAAACAUUAGCUUCCAAUUGCAGAAGUCAGUAUGCCAGCUUAAAAAGGAGCCUUCAGAUAUUCUUAUAUCUUGUGAAUCUCCACAAGAACAGGAACCUAUUCCGAAACCUAUUGAACCAGUAGCCAUUGAUCGUGAGGCUCGAGAUGCCCAAUUCAUGAAACUGUUGGAGAAAUUAAAAGCCAGCUCAGUUACAGCUAGGAAACCACAGGUUUCCGAAAGAAGACAUGAAAUAGAUUCUUCGGUCAACUCUAAUAUACAACAGGAUACAUUGCGUAUACCCACGUUUGGCUCUGGCCGUCGUCAUGCAACUGUUUCCGACGAGGGUCUAUACCGGCGAAACCAUCAUCAAUUUUCUAGCUUAGAGAAUGACGUCGUCGACCCAGGCAACAUAUCCAGUAGUGAGAGCAAAGGAAAUACGCUGAAUCCAAAAGCGAGAGAGUUUCUUUCAUUUUCUGCCCAACCGCAGUUGGCCAACAAGAUUAGGAUGCAGCGAAAGAGCGUGCGCGGUCUCUUUGAGCAGCAGCCAGACAAUACAUACCAGACUCCGAACCAGACAGAUGUUCUCAAAGAACCAAAGGUUGCCUAUCCAGCACUUCAACAAAACUUUAUGCCCAAUAUGAUCGUACCCCAAUAUGCAACUCUACCUCUACUACCUACAUAUUACCCUCCUCUAGUGCCUGCAAACCUGGCACAGUUUGUCUCUCAGCCUAUGGCGAACCUCUUAUUGCCCGUCUCGGGUCAAAAUUCUCUGCCCAUCAGAUUGAACCCACCAGUUACUCCUUUUCAAAGUCCAACGAAGUCUCUGUUAGAUGUUCAGCCUGCGCUGAAAGAGCUAUUGCCUCUGCAAACCAUGUUUGCCCCUCUCCAAGCACAAGUUCAGCAGCAGCCGGUUCAGCUACCGCAAUAUUCGGCCACAAGAACUGAUACUCAAUCACUUCCAGUGCAACCAUUGGCGCAGGCACCAAUACUGCAGUAUCCUACAGCCAACGUAGCUGCCAUGGCAGCGACCCAGCAGACCUCAAAGAGUGGAAGCAAGACAAAACCUUCUUCUGUGCCAAAGCCGCGGGUUCCAGACGCAAUGGGGCAGCAAGCAUACGAGGCCUGGAUCGAAUGGCGCAAGGCCAAUGAACCUGGAUAUGCACUAGAGUGUAAGAUGAGACAGCAGCGACGCUCCCAGAAACUGAAGCUCAAGAAGGCUAGCAAGGAAGCGGACCAAGGGCAAGAAAGCGUGCCCGCAGCUGCAUGAAGCGACAUUACUGCACAGUUCUGGGACAUUGAUAUGCAUUAAUACUUUAUUAGUUUUUGUAACUGGCGACGAGAGUCUGGGUAGUAAUAAUUUUUGGAGAAUACAGUAUAGAUACGGCUGUUUUAGUCGAAGUUACAGGUCCAGCUGCAGGCUGGGGCAGGCAGUUGAAUUUAUCAGCUUUUGUACCGUAUAAAGGAUAGAGUAUAUUUUAUGUAAGAAUUUAGAAACAGAACAAUGAUUA